AUGCUAUUUUUGUUACUACUUUUUCUGCUGUAUUUGGAAAUAAAUGGACAGUGCUUCGAUAAAAAAGAAAAGAAAACAAUGAAUGAAACCGACGAUGAACCGAUGAUUCUCAAGAAUCCUGGGUACCCAGAAAAACACCAGGAGAGCAUUGAUUGCAAUUGGAUUAUUAAACCACCGCCAAAUCAUCAAUUGACGCUGACUAUCGACGAUUUUCAGCCACGUAAUAGUCGUUACAGCGGCUACAUGUACCUCUUCGAAAUUUUGUCAGUAAACGGCAGUGAAGUACAAAUCCCAAUAGGACGAACGGACCGUGAUGAUGAAGAUGCCGAAGCAGCAACUUUUCUUGGACAAGCUUUCAGGAUUCGCUUACUCAUCUAUCCAAGCCCAUAUGGUCUAACACCAGAAAGUGGUCUCAAAUUUCAUAUAACGAUUCGCAAAGUUGAAGAAAACAUGGCAAAGGAAAGCAAUUGUGGUCUGGAUCGGGUUAUUAUUGUUAAUCAAAACGUUCAACACUUUAGCCCAAGGCUUUCAAAUAUCUCUGAUCUUGAAGCUGAGGGAAAUUCACUCCAAUUUUCUUCUGAUUUUGGUAAAGAAUACAAACAUGCUAUCGAGCUGCCUGACGUAGCAAUGUUGAUGGGAACGUAUCAAGCUUGCAAUGACAAAAUGAGUGACUUAGACCAAAAGUUUUUGUUGCACAAUUCUCAGUCAUUUGGAAAUGAAGUCUUGUUGAAAAUAUGCCGAUCAGAGCAAAAAUUUGUCGAAUUCUCCGUUCAAACAGGACCGAAUCGUUGCAUAUGUUCCAUGGAGAAAAUCGUUUUAUCGCAUGAUACCAAUAUUACUCUUCCCGAUUUUCCACCCGGCGUUUGUGAUCUUGCCACAUGUGAAUCAGAAGUCAGCAUUGCCGCCACUAAAGAGAAUUCAACUCACUAUGAACGAAUCUUAUUAGAAGCAAAGCGUUUUCAAUCUUACCAAACGCCAUUCACACUCAGAAUGAAGGGCAUUGCGACAAAUAACUCGAGAAUUGCCAGCUCAUUGGUUCGGACAAGGCACGACUACAGACAAGUCUGGAUGCUGCCAACUUCAUUUAAUAUUUCAUACUAUCGAAAUGUGCAUGCGCUCAACUUCACGUUGAUGCACGUUUCGAGAAAAUGUACAUGUUUCCCCGAUUCCAUCGAGCCUUUUCUUGAUCUGAAUAAAAACACUCUUUAUGCAUGGCUGCUCACUAUGGCGAUAGAUGAAAAUAUAAAGAGCUCCUUUAUUCCCAAAGCCGAAAAUCCGUCUCGAAGUUUCAGCACUGGUGAUUACCUCACUUCAGAAAACACAGCUGACUUCAUUUAUUUGCACUUUGGAACAAGACCGGAUAAUGUCGAGACAGAGAUUAAUAUAAGCAUCAAUUUGGAGUGGAAAGGAGCCUGUCAAUGCGAGCAAACAGAAUACAGACUUGAUGAUUUGCCGAUUUGGGUUUCAUCGCCAUAUUAUCCAUCAAAGAUGAUUUUUAGUUAUUGCAACAAUAUGAAUUGCUCUUAUUCAAUAACGGCUGCUGAUGGGGCUAAAAUUCGGCUGGCUGUCAUUGCCCUUUCUAUGUACUACAAUGAUCAACUGACAUAUGAGGAACAUGGGAUAACGAAAGAAUUUGACCGAAUUGGAGAAGUCCGAACAACUGAAAGCAAUCAGCUGUUUCUCCGAUUUGUGAGUGACGGAUCGGACACAUCUAAAGGAUUUCAAUUGAAACUAGAAACAUAUUGGUUAAAUGAGCUCGAUGGGGAGCACUUCGGAGAUCGCGUCGAGGUACGCGGCUACGCGACUUCUUUGACAUGCAGCCCAAGAAUUUCUGGGAAAAGGGGAUCCCUUGCUCUACCCAAUAAAUGGCAACAAAUAAUAGAUAAUAAUGGCGAUUACCUUGAA